AUGGUACAUUUGAUUGAGUUCCAGAUAUUACGUUGGGACGUAUGCUCUGUCCAAUUAAAGGCGUUGGUAAUGGAAACAGCAUCAGUACCAUCUCGAAUAGUUCUCAUGGGAACUUCAAAAAUAUCCUUGAAUGAAAGGUUUUCCCAAGUUCCGGUGCCCAAAUUACGACACAGCGUUGCCCCAGUAAGAAGCUACAACAGUGCUAAUACCGAACAAAACUAUCGUGAACCGGUUUUAAGUCGGCGUCCAUUAUAUGUUGAUGAUAUCGAAUUACCACAUGAUUAUGAUACAGUUGACGAAGAUGGUAUAGAAGCAACGGCGAAUUACGUUGAACAAGUCCGCAUUAUACCAAAGCGCAAGUUGGGAAUUUACCAGAGCGCUCGUUUUUCUCGUAUUCCAGUUCGUAACCGUAUCAGUUUUCCACACUGGCGCAAUAAAUUCAACUAUGGUUUCGUGCGUAAGGUUAACAUUGACAGGCCUCGUCCUUUCGGAUCGUUACGAUAUGCGAGCAGAAACACGCGUUUCACGCGAAAUAGUUUCAGCCGCAUGCUUUGGCGUUCAAAUAAUGUAUUUCCACGAAAUCGUGCUUUUCAUGGUCGAGGUGGUCGUUUUAUUGGUGGUAAUUUAUCCAGUAGUAAUUUUAACCGCACUAAACGAUCAUUCGUAACAAGGGAGGAAUUGGAUAAGGAGCUCGACGAAUAUAUGAAAAAAGGCAAACAUCCACAGAUUGACGUUUCUGAUCUCAAAUAAGUUUCUCUGUGUUUGUUGUUCAUUUUCAUCUGUCUUUUCCUCUGUUUAUCUGGCAGUCUUAAAUUUUUCUAAUUUUCAUUUCGAUUCAAAAUUUUUAGUUUUUUGUCAAAAAUGACCUUAUUGUGAGUGGUAAUUCCAGCAAACCAACACAAUUUGUUUUUAGUUUCUGUCGAAUUUAAUAGCGAUCAAAGCAUAUAUGAGAUGGAGAUUUGGAUUCAAUUUCUUCAUUUACUUGUCGUAAUUUUUGUUGAAUUUUGGAGUUUUUUGGUGCUUUAACAAAUACACAUCUCGAGAUAAGUUUAUGUGGUCUUGACAUCUACUUCAUGUAAAGAAGUAACAUUUCAAUUUGUUCGCUUGAAUCACGUAAUCAGUGUAAUGUACAUUCUCGUGUCGGUACGACUAUUUGUGGAUCGAGUUCUCUAUCGAAUAUUUUGGAUUUUAGUUAGUGUACAUUCUCGUGUCGAUACGACUAUUUGUGCAUCGAGUUCUUUAUCGAAUAUUUUGGAUUUUAGUACGCGUGGGGAACAUGAUUUUAUAGCUUCAAACUCGAGGAGCAAACCGUUAACCUCAUACCGUGAUUAGCAUCGUAAUACAAAUUGCUGGGUGUCAUACUUUAUUUCACCUUUGUUGCCGAACCACUUCCGCUCUGAUGGACCAAGUUUGAUUUUUCUCAGAGUACC